CUCCGAGUCAGUCCUUCGAGCCCAACCUUUCCUUCCACACGUUUCUCGGGCCACACGUUUUUUCCCGUCCCUCCUCCCAGCCUGUAGUACCAUAUCUGCGUUCCUUCAGUUUCUUAGGGGCUUCUGGUGUAGACCCGUGGUCCUGGUGCUUUUCAACAUUGGCAGAAAGCUGGUUGCUUUGAGAAUUCACUAGUCUGCCUCCAAUCGCUUUAGGCUGGGUUCUCUCAUUCCUCCGUCUGGCUUUCUCUCUAUAAUUACCGUGGCGAUCUGUGGUUUGGUUGGGGCGACCUUUAACUUCGUCGAGUUGCCCCUUACUCACCUUGUCCUCACUUGCCGACAAUGGCGGCCCAGCAUUGGCUAAUCUCUUCGCCAGAUCUGCGAUCAGGCUAUUGUGCUGCUGCCGUCACGUCACGACGAAGCCAUACGCGCAACAACCAUGUCGCCAUGGAUCAACCCUCGUUCCGGUUAGCGGCGGCCGAUCUCAGAGUGAUUAAUUACACGACGAAUCAACGAGCGCUUCACGGGCGAAGGGAUGGGCUGUUAAGGAUCACCGAUGCUUUCAGUACCGCAGAUGCAUCCUCGCCGUCCAACCGACGCUGGCUACGGAACGGGAGCGGUCGUUUACCGUCGUCGCUUUCUGUCCAAUCAGGAGCUCCCGCUCUCCGAACCGUACGAGCUGACGUGGCAGGUCCUCCUGCGUCGGUGGUAGAUCAGACGCGGAGGGAGAUCGAUGAUUUGGCCAAGUCGAUCAAGCAGCUACAGAAACAGAUCCGUAGGAACGAGCUGUCGCAGGCGUCGCAAUCGUCGCAAUCGUCGCAGUUGUCGCCUGCCCAUCCACCUAAUGGUGGCCGGCGGUUACCAAAUCCGCAGCAGCCGGAGCUCAGCGACAGCAACGAGGGCUCAGUAGACUCGCCGUCCAAUCAGCAGCCGAUGCCUCUCCGGCCAGCCAAUGAGAUUCGAGCACGUGUCGAUCACUUAGUGGAGCGAGCGCAAGCCCUCCAAGUCAUGGCGUCGCAGGGAUCAAUGUCGUCGUCCGGUCGCGUGCCGGUUCAGAUAGCAGCGAAUCUUAAAGCCCUGCGACGGGAUUUCAACUCCGUGCACAACAUUAUCCGCCUCUCCGCCCCCUCCUACCUCUCCGACACACCGCCAUCGCCGCCGUCGUCGUCGUCGUCUCGCCCUCAGUCGCGGUCGCAGUCGCAAACAUCGUUACCCGCUGCCUCCUCCUCCUCCAUCCUGCCGUCGCCGUAUUUCGUCCACGACGCAAUCUCGUCGCCUCUCGAAUCUUCGCCGUCGUCGUCUUCGCAGGAGCCCGAAGUCGUGGCUUCGGGUCGUGCCAGCGACCGCCCAAGUGGCUCGUCUGCUGCUGGCCCGUUCUCAACGUAUUCGUUCUCGACGUCGUCCCCGUCGGUCUCUCCUCCCUCGUCGAAAGGCGGCGAGGACGAGGACGAGUCAACGAUGAAAUUCCGCUUUAAGCCUCGCUCGUCCUCCGACUCUCGGUCCAUGACGGAAAUCCGGCGCCGAGUGCAGGAGCAGCUAUCCUCUAUGGCGACUGACAUGGAGGCGAGCGCCACUCAGCUGGGGAUUAUAGCCCCUGCAUCCAUGUCACCACCUGCAACAUCACAAUCAUCAUCAUCAGCGGCAGCAGCAGCACCAUCAGCGCCAUCUGGGGGCGAUUCCCCCGCCGCCGCCUCUCUCCCCUCCCUCUGGGCGCGCCUCUCCGACCGCCUCUCCCAAGCCUUCCGCGCCCUCCUCUCCCCGCCCCCCUCCCGCGCCUCCCGCUCCUCCCCCGCUCUCCCCUUGUCUCGAACAUCCCCCUCCGCCUCUUCCCCCUCCGCCGCCCCUUCCUCCGCCGCCUCCUCUUCCUCCUCCGCCUCUUCCCCCAUCCAAAGGGGGAAAGCGGCAGUGGGGGGAGCGGAGGACGCUUCAGGGGGGGCAAGCGUUGGGGGAAAGGCAACGAGUCUGGCGCGGCUGGUGGGGGAGGUGCGCGCCAAGGGGUCGCUGAUAGAUGCUGCGGAUGAGGCUCUGGAGGAAGAAAGCCGAAGGCUGCAGGGGAAGGCCGACGAGCUGUCAGCAGCAGUCCGCGGCCGCCUUUCCGUUGACGACGUUCAGGCGGUAGUAGGCGCGGCAGUGGGCAACGUGCAGAGCGAGCUGGUGCGCGCGCGCAGGCGGACGAAGGAGCUGGUGGCGCAGCUGGAGAUUAAAGACUCGGAGCUGCGGCUGCGGCGCGAGGAGUGGGAGAAGGAGCGCGCCGCCAUGGUCGCCACGCUGGACGCGCUGGUUAGGAAAGGGACGCAGGGGAAGAGCGAAGGGGGAGCAGGAGGAGAGGCUAACAUAGGAAAUGUAGGAGGCGGAGAGGUCAUAGGACAGGCAGGUAUGGAGGGAGUGGCUUCUGGAGCCGUGUUGACACCUGUAGAGGCGAUGACACGUGGCAUGAGCCUCACGGACGCAAUGAUGAGGAUCCUUUCCCUAGAAGCGGCUGUAGCGCGGGCCGAGGAGGCCGAGCAGGCUACAUCCGUGCGGCUAGAGCGCGUGGCUGACGUGCUGGGGCGGGAAAUAGCGAAGCUCAGAAAAGACAAGAAGUCGAUCGAGGUCCGGGCGCAGAUGCUGACGUGGCGGCUGGAGAUGAUGCAGCAGAAGCUGGAGGGGCUGCUGGGCGGCCUGCUGGAGAUUAAGGACGCGCUGAUUGGCGGAAAGGUGGAUCUGGGAGUGCAGCUAUUGGAGGAGUUGGUGUUUGACGUGGAAACGUGGACUAGGCAAGGGAAGAAGAUGCUAGAUGAUAAGCUUCUAGGGCUGGAGUCUGGGAAAGGGGCGGCGGGAAGAGGGGAGAAGGAGGAGGGGGGAGGGAAGGCCGGUGAGAAAGGUGAGGGAGAGGAGGGAGAGGAGGGGGGUAGAGGGAAGGUGAGGGCUGGGUGGUGGAAGGAGGCGCCACCGGGGGAGUGGAGUGUGUAUGAGGAGAGGGAGGAUGGGCGGUUAGUGGAGCUUGGGGAGGAGAGGAGAGAGCAGGAGGAGAGGAGGAAGAGAAAAGAGCAGGAGGCUGCUAGGGAGGCGGAGGAGAGGGAGAGGCGGAGAUUGCUGGAGGAGGAGAGAGAGAAGAGAGACGCAGAAGAGGAGGGAGAGGAGGAGAGAGUGGAGGAGAGAGAGGAGGGAGAGGAGGAGAGAGAGGAGGGAGAGGUUGAGAAAAGGGAGGGAGUUGAAGAGAGUGGAAGUGGGGGUGAGAGUGAGAGGGAAGGGGGGGCGUUAGAGGUCGCUAUUCCCAGGGGUGAUGACGUGGACCAAUCAGGAGAGGAGGCUGGUGUGCAGAUAGGGGGCGGUGAGACUGGUAAGGGAGGAGACGGGGAGGAGGAGAGGAGUGGGGGGGCGACUGAAAGGAGUGAUAAGAGAGAAGGUGGGGAGGAGAAAGAGAGGGGGGGAGUGAGUGAACCAAGCCAAGAGCAACACGAUGGGGAGGAGGAGGAGGGGAUGAGAGAAGAAGCGGCUGAAGGGGAAGCUGCUAGCCAGGAGCAUGGGGAUGAGAGGGGUAGCAGCGAGGGGGAUAGGGGUCGGCAAGCCGAAGUUGCAGAUGAGGGGGAGAAAUCAGGCUGGGAGGACCGAGAACAGGAGGAAGGAGAGGAGGAAGGAGAGAAGGAAGGAGAGGAGGAAGGAGAGAAGGUGGAAGGAGAGGAAACGGCAGGGAAGGAAGAAGGGUGCAACGAGAGUGUUGUGGCAGAAGAAGUGAGUGAGACAGUUGAGGAGGGGAAUGGGCUGGGAGGAAGCACAGAGGACUUGGAGGAUACUGGAAAGCAGAGGGGGAAUGAGGAGAGGAGGGCAGAGGGGAGCAGAGAAGGCGAGAACGGCGAGGAAGGGAGUGGAGAGAAGGAGAGUGGUGAGGCGGGUGAGUUGCAUGAGAGCCCAGCUGAAGGGGCCGCCCCCCCACAUUCUGAAGAUAGCAAGGAAGGGCAGGAGCCAGAAGGCAGGCCAUUGGAGGGAGAGCGGUCGGAGGGAGUGGUAGAGGGAGGAGUUGGGCUGGGAGGAGAGAGUGCCGGAGUGACGCUGUACUAUGAAACGGGGUGGGCUGAUGUGUUUGUGCAUUUCAGUGCGGACGGCGCCGGUUGGACUGAUGUGCCGGGGUCGAAAAUGGCCGAGUCGCCUCUCGUUGGCUCCAAUGGUCUGCCGCUCAAGGUCAUUUCCCUGUCAGUCACUGCCAUGGCGUUUGUCACCAACAAUGGAGGCACAGACUGGGACAGUCCGCCGCUCGGGGGUAACUAUACUAUCACCAACCCGGGUACAUACCUCCUCAGGUUGGGCCAAGUGGAGAGCUUUACUCCAUCCUAGUGUUAGGACUCUGCGCCUAUUACGCUCGUUGAUAGGUUGUGGAUUGUCCCGCAUUUGGGAAGAAUAUGAGUUGGUUGAGUAGGCUAUUGUCAUGGGCCCCAAGAAUCUGUCAAAUAAUAUUAUGCUGCUAUU